AUGAUCCUCGAGCUUCAAUGCUACAGAUAUGAUAUCGAUAUCAUUCACAGACCUGGAAAGGACAUACCUGUAACCGAUUGCCUAAGCCGCAAACUUAUCAUAAAUGCAAAGCCAAUAAAGGAUGAGUUAGCAAAAAAAGCAGAUGUCGCUGUCCACUAUUUGUUUGAAACUCUUCCAAUCAGUGACCCAAAACUAGCAGAGAUUCGGACAUGCACAGCCAAUGAUGAAAGCAUGCAAGUGCUUAAGCACUUCAUAAUAUCAGGGUGGCCAAGCCAAUGCAGAGAAUGCCCUGAACUGAUUCUUGACCACUGGAACCAUCGAGAUAAAUUGAUGUAUGCAGAUGGGCUGAUUUUCAAGAGUGACCGCAUAGUCAUUCCGAAAACAUUGCGGCAAGAAAUUUUAUUGCAAAUACAUGCAGGCCAUUUUAGUGUCGAAAAGUGCCAUUCGCGGGCAUGCACAACACUUUUCUGGCCUGGAAUGAUCUCUGACAUUGAAAAAUCAGUCACAAACUGUAGCACAUGCCAGAUGCAUCAAAACAUGAAACAAAAGGAAACCAUGAUCAGCCACCCAAUACCCAGCUUACCAUGGCAAGUUAUUGCUUCAGAUAUCUUCAACUUCGACGGCAAGGAAUACGUCUUGGUAGUUGACUACUACAGCAAGUACCCAGAGGUUGACCACCUGUCAGAUACACGCUCCAGGACCGUGAUCAACAACAUAAAGGAAUCUUAG